AUGGAUGCUGCGGGAAGAGCUAUGGUAUUGUUCGUUACAGUCGGGAUGGCUAGUUUUAUCGUAAUUCAUGUGUAUGGCGGCGACACUUCGCUUGCUAUGGGUCAAUAUUUUCAUGUCCAACACGACAUGCAUCACAAACUGCACCAACCCAAAGCGUCUAAAGUUUCAUUAUAUCGACCCAAUUCGAUGUUUGCUUCACCAAUGCAGGCUACUUCACCUCCUCGCGUGUAUCAUUUGACGUCUUACGGUGCAGACCCAACUGGGAAAACAGACAGUACAGAAGCACUUCUUGAAGCAAUAUCAGAUGCACUUGAUGGUCCAACAAAUGGGUUCUUGAUGAAGGGAAUUCUUAAUCUUGGUGGUGAAAAGAUUGAACUUGAUGGUGGGAAUUACUUGAUCAGCCGUCCACUUCAAUUUUCUGUUGCUGGAAGAGGGAACCUAGUGAUACAGGGAGGAACAAUAAAGUCAUCGGAUAAUUUUUCGAACGAUGCCUACUUGAUAGACUUGUCACCGUCCUUAGUCAACAACUCGUUGGAAUAUAACUACGAGUUUGUAACACUAAGAGACCUCUUACUGGAUUCUAAUUUCCGAGGUGGAGGAAUUCGAGUGGUGAACUCAUUGAGAAUAAGCAUAGACAACUGCUACAUUACACAUUUCUCCACCAAUGGCAUCCUAGUCAAAGGUGGUCAUGAAACUUAUAUCAGAAACUCCUUUCUCGGCCAACAUAUUACUGCUGGUGGUGACGCCGGGGAAAGAAAUUUUUCUGGGACGGCGAUAAAUCUAAUGGGAAAUGAUAAUGCCGUCACUGAUGUGGCCACUGAUUAUGGGGGCAAGGGGUUUUAUCUCCGGGUGCCAUCUGGUUUAACACAAACUCGAAUUGUGAAUUGUUACCUAGACUACACUGGUAUCGUUGUUGAAGAUCCCGUUCAAGUACACAUUUCUAGCAGCUUUUUUCUUGGAGACGCGUAUAUACUUCUCAAAUCCGUAAAGGGUGUUGUAAAUGGAGUAAACAUUGUGGAUAACAUGUUUUCGGGUUCUAAUAAGGGUAUUGAUAACGUACAAUUAGAUCAAGAAAAUGGGGCUUUUACGAAGAUUGAUCAAGUCGUGAUCGAUAGGAAUAAUGUUAAGGGGAUGAAUCUUAAGGCCACGGUUGCUAGGCGAAGCGUGCAAGGAAAUGGGAGCUCAUGGCUAAUAGACCUCAAUUCAAUGCUCUUGUUUCCAAAUCUUUUUAAGCAACUACAUUAUACAUUGAUGGCAAAUGGGAAUUCCUUCCCUAAACACGCACUGAGAAAUGUGUCAAAUAAUCAAGUGCUGAUCGAGUCGGACGUGCCAGUUGAAGCAACUAUUUAUAAACGGAAAUGGCGACGCCCACCAUCGACGGUCGAGCUUCUUGCUUCUCUCUCAGCUGUCCACGGACAACUGUUACUGUCCGCCAUCGUGCCACGCCAUUGCUUGCCUACGGUAUUAACUCUGUUUUCUAUGUAUUCCUUCUCUUUUUUGCCUGAAUCGUGUGAUUUUCCUGGCGGGUUGGUUAUGGAUUCUGAGUUUUAUUCUGUUAUGGUUGAUGGGUUUUGCAAUAAUGACAUCUUAUUGGAGGGGUUGAGGGUUUUGAGGGUGAUGGUCAGUGAGAAUUUGGUGGUUGAGGUUGGGGAUGAUGUAAGGGUGUUUAUUUACAGGGGUCUAUUGAGGGAGGCCAGGAUUAGGGACGCCAUGGAAUUGAAUGAGGUGGUGGUGUGA